AUGGGGAGCUGGCGACCAGUCCUUCUGCUGGUACUGGCAGUUGUUUUGUUUAUCGCAUUUCUCGCUAUCCAGAUCUGGAAGCCCGACACAGCAACUCUGCCAAUGCGCAUUCUCAAGCAAAGGACCGUGGCCGCUUCAGCCUUCUUCGCCUUCACGAGUCAAGCCGGGAUGAUUGUUGUCACCUACUACAUCCCGAUCUUCUUCCAAGCCCUCAAGGAAUUCUCCCCGACGAAGUCUGGUGUAGCGACCAUUCCAUUCAUUCUUUCGUUGGUGGUCGGAACAAUUCUUGCAGGAGGUCUGGUCCAGCGCAUCGGCUACCCGGCCCCAUUCAUGAUGAUAGGUGCCGUCAUCUUUUCCGUUGGGGUUGGCCUGGUCACGACAUGGCCGGUCGGAGUCAAUCACAGCGUCUGGAUCAGCUACCAAGUCCUCAUCGGGUUUGGUGUUGGCAUUGGUAUGCAACAGCCGUCUAUGAACGCACAGAUUGUCUUGUCCAAGGAAGAUAACGCGACUGGUAUAUCGCUCAUGAUGUUUGCACAGAACUUUGGCGGAGCAAUCUUCCUGAGCGUUGCGCAAUCAGUAUUCACGGACGAAUUGGGCAGGCAAUUGACAAAAAUACCUGGGCUGCACCUUUCCAAGAGCCAGGUCGUUGAGAUGGGUGCGACCAGUAUCCGCAACAUGGUACCGCAACAGUUGGUCAGUGUCUUCCUUGAUGGCUACAGGAUUGCAAUCUGCAAUGCUAUUUAUGUUGCACUUGGGUUAGCGUGCUUCAGCUCAGUAGGUGCAGUCCUGGUGGAAUGGAAGAGCGUCAAAAAGAACAAGAAUGACAUUGCACUGGCGCCAGGCUCUGCUGCUCACGACAAAAGCGAAGAAGUCUAA